GCACGGGUUUUGUUAUACGCAACAACAAAGAGACAAAAGACCUCACAAAAAAGCAAUCAAGGGUUUUUUCCUGAGAUAUUGAGAUAUUAUUUAAUAAAGCAGAGGAUUUAACCCCAACUGAAACUUGAAAUUCUAAAAUUCCUAUAAGGUGGACAAUGAAAAAAAUACAACGCAUAUACAACGACGCGACGUAUUAAGUUGCAAUAUCCACAGCCGACUUGAAAGAGAAACAACUACAACCACCUGUCCAUCCAGAAAAUCUUCAAUUCUGUUGAGAUGGGCCCAAGCUAUUCGUAAAAAGAAUACCUUUUGCGAAUCCCUAAAAGUGAUAUCACACGUUCUUGUCAUCAUCUCUACCCCGCCACUAUAUUAACGCUUUACAUCAGUCCGUCCCUACAAAUUAGUGUUAAGCAACAUAACUACAAAACCAAUAUGACUGCUAGAAACCCUAAAACUCUUAUGGCUCUUCCAAGCGAAGAUAGUUUUGAUUUUCUCUUCAAAGUAGUCCUCAUAGGUGAUGCGAAUACGGGGAAGACUUGUAUUGUAGAACGCUUUAAGACGGGAAACUUCAUAGAACGCCAUGGCAAUACUAUCGGUGUGGAUUUUUCAAUGAAAACUAUAAGUCUGGAGGGGAAGCUAGUUAAGUUGCAAAUAUGGGAUACGGCAGGACAGGAACGUUUUCGCACAAUAACUCAAAGUUACUACCGCUCAGCGAAUGGCAUUAUUAUUGUUUACGAUAUAACAAGUCGCAAUUCAUUUGCCAACAUUCAAAAAUGGAUUGAGGAAGUUCGCCGAUAUACCACCUCAGAUGUUAUGUUAAUAAUUGUUGGUAACAAAUCGGAUUUGGACAACGAACGUGAAGUUGAAUUCGAGGAAGCUCAACAAAUGUGCCAGUACAUUCCUGAAGUCCUUUUCCUAUUGGAAACCUCUGCCAAAGAGAAUCGCAAUAUCGAUGAUGCUUUUGUAGCAUUGGCCACAGAAUUGAAAAAACGUAUCGAUACAAGUAUCACACAAGUGGAUACAGAUGAAGAUGCCAUUAAACUAGGACAAAGUAAACCCCUUAAUCAAUGUAGUAGUUCAUGUAGUUUGACGUAGAAUGUAGAAAAAAGAAGUGUGCUUUAACUAUUUUAUCAUAUACUUUAAAGUAUACAUAUUUAUAUUUUGUGAUUAUUUUUUGUUUUUGUUUUUUUUUUUUUUUUUUUUUUUUUAUAUAGAGGACGAUUUUGUUUUAUUUAAAUUUAAGGUUUAUUUUAAAAUAUUUAAAGCAAA